CUAGUGGGGGAGGGACAAUCAGUAACGUGGGGACGUUCCCAUAAACAUUGGCUUUAAACUGCGGAUGCGUGUACCUGCCCACUAUAACUUGAAUCUGCAUUUAAAAUAUACCGUAUAUGCUUAAAAUACGACCGGGUUUCUUCCUCUGGACCGCUAACGUUAACUUAGUAACGUGUAACGUUACCGCAUGGCCCGACACUUUCCAGGUUUAGGAGAAUGGAUCCAGAAGGUAGCCCACAUAGUCCAGACGCAGACCAGAUCCCCAAAUACCAGAGGAGUCUAAGGAGCCUUCAUAUGCUCGCAACGAGGUUUGUCCGGCUGUUGCAAGAAGCUGAGGGCGGACUGCUGGACCUGAAGGACGCCGUCAGGGUUCUGGCUGUUAGACAGAAAAGGAGAAUCUACGACAUCACAAAUGUGUUGGAGGGCGUGGGUCUGAUUGUGAAAAUCUCCAAGAGCAUUGUAAAGUGGAAUGGCACAGUGCCAGGAGACAAUGCAUACAGGGUAAGCAACAGAUUGAUGGAGCUGAGGGCAGAGUUGAUGGACUUGGAGCAGAAGGAAAGUGUGUUGGACCAGCAGAAAUUCUGGGUUGAACAGAGCACCAGGAACACAAGAGAAGACUGCAGUGAUCUGACCUAUGUGAAUCAUGACGAUAUCUGCAACUGCUUCAGUGGCCACACUCUCUUGGCAGUACAAGCGCCAUGUGGCACACAGUUAGAUGUGCCCAUUCCCAAAGCUGUCCAGAACUGCCCAGCAAAGUACCAGAUCCAUCUGAAAAGCAUCAAUGGACCGAUAGAUGUUGUUCUUCUUAACAAGCUCUCUGUCAGCUCUGUUCCUGUCGUUCUGCCAGUCCCACCGCCUGAAGAACUUUUACGGGACGCCAAAUCAGCCAUGUCCGCUUCAGACGAGACAGAAAGCAGUAUUGCUCCGUGUCAGGCUUCAGCGAACAUCAGACAUGGCAGCAUAUCAGUAAGGACGUUCAUGGAGGACAUGCUGCACCUUCAGUCAUCGUCACGUUCAAAUGCUGAGCCGCACAGAACGGAUACAUCUAAAUUGCGAGAUUUAUCAAAAGAACUGCAGGACCUACUGCGCCCGACCAAAGAAAUAAUGAAUGUAAAUCUGCUCAAGGAGCUUUUAGCCUCUUAAGUUUUUUCUCCUCUCUGCCGUCUAACUCCGCCCCCAUCUGAACAAGAAUACGUCUAUAAUCUGGAUGAGAGUGACGGCAUCUCUGACCUCUUGGACAUCCCCACGCUCUGUUUGACCAUAAACUUCUUUGUUGAGGACUUCAAAGAAAACAGUUUACUCCAGAAAUGUACAUUGUUGUCUGGUUUUAAUUAGUUAUGUUAUUAUACCAAAUAAUAAACAAAUGCUUUUGAA